AUGGCGUUCAAAUUUGCUGCAAUCCUAGCUCUUCUCGCAUGCACCAAAGCCGAUUACGUGCCAACCGAUAUUGAUCUUCCAUACACAGAAGUUUUCGGUUACGGAUCAACCAUUGCAUCGUCAGCCCUUGCCCAUGGUUCGGUUCUGUCUGGAUAUUCGCCAGCAGCUCAUCUUGCUGAGCCGCUCGCACGAGCAUCUCAUCUGCAGGUGGAGGCUCCUCUGCUGAACAGCUUCCUUACUUCAACACCGCUGUCAUACGGUGGGCCUGGCGCACUGCCUGCGGGUAAAACUACACUCACCAAAACGCUAGUGUCUACUCCAACGUACGUCACUAGCCAUGUGUCGAACCGAGUGCACACACACGAACCGACCAAUCUUAUUAACGACCAUGGCUACGGGUAUGACAAGAAUGUUAUCAAUGCUGCUGGAUACUAUGGCGCUCAAAGUGCUCCCUUUGGGCAUGUGUAUUAA